AUGAAAACCAAACUGACUGAACCGAAUGACGACCAGACCAGCUUGAUGAAUCGCCAAGACGUGGAGCAGGGCCGGCCUCUGAAUCGCGAUGAUGUGGCGCAAGUGGAGCCACAUUCACAUCCACAUCACAACCAUGAGUUGAAGACUCAACGCAUCAAGCUUGUUAUCAUGAUCUCAAUGACUUUCUUCUUUUUUGUUGUCGAACUAGUGUAUGGAUACAUGUCCAAUUCGAUGGCACUGAUUGCAGACUCUUUCCACAUGUUAUCCGAUGUGCUGGCGUUGAUUGUGGCGUUGGCGUGCAUAAUUGUAAGUUGGUUUUAUUUGUUUUUGGUUUUUAGGUAAUACUGAACAUAAAAACGGUUUUACGUUAUACUUUUUAGUUGUUUUUCAUGAUGAAGUUUUUAAAAUUGGAUUUUUUGCUACGCUGUGCAGUUUGUUACCUAAAUUUUGAUUUUUGUGUCAUUAUGUUUGGUAAAGUACAAACUAGCAACAUUGUUGGUUUUUAAACUACGUUUCAAAGAAAACACUUACAGAUAGCGAACAAAAAGACCAAGUCCCAGUCGAAUACGUUUGGUUGGGUACGAGCUGAGCUCCUGGGAGCACUUGUUAAUGGAGUAUUUUUAUUAGCACUUUGUUUUACAAUCUUUUUGGAGUCGAUUGAACGAUUGGUAGAGCCACAUGCUCUUAAAGAACCUAUGAAUGUUCUUAUUGUUGGUAUUCUGGGCCUGAUUGUUAAUAUCAUUGGCAUGUUCUUGUUUCAUGGUAAGGUUUCGUGAUCGUUUUGAUUUUGGGGUUGUGAAAAGAUUUUUUUUGGUAGUAUUGUGUUGAUAUUUGGACUAAUUUAAAGAUUUUAAUAGUUAAAUUUAUAAAAUGCUGUUGAGAUUAUUACUAAUAUGUAUUACAAGGUCUCAUAUGUUAAUAUUUAAAUGAAUUCUUUACUUUAGGCCACUCUCACGGCCACAGUCACGGUGGACAGGUGGAAAUGGAAGAGGAGAACAUUGCUGGAAGCAGUGUUUAUCUUGCCAACUCUCAUCAAGAUGGAGCUAUGGCAAUCGCUGAUUUAAAGCGAUCUGAUAGUACACUGAGCAACAAGGCUAAUGGCAAUGGUAAAGUGGUGGUCAGUAGUCCAACAGUGGAUGGUAAAAAGAAAAAGAGCAGUACGCUUUUUUUGUAGAGGUUUUUUUUAGAUUUUUUUGAAAAUUUUAGUUUUAAAAAGCUUUGCACGGUGCAAUGAUUUUUUAAUGUCUGCACCGUGCAAAAUUUUAAAAUUUAAAUUUUGGAUUUAAAUAAUUUUAAAAUUAUAACUUUUAAUUAUAACAAAUUAUAAGUUGUGGUUUAAUUGAAAUAAUAUAUUCUUUGUAAAAUACGAGAGAUAUAAAAAGUAUUAUUUCAGAAGGUUCGGCUCAAAUGAACAUGAAAGGAGUAUAUCUUCAUAUUGUAACAGACUUCAUUGGCUCAAUUAUUGUUAUCUUGACAGCUUCUGUAUCUUUAUGGUUCCCAGAUCUUGAAUUUUUGAAAUAUUACAUGGAUCCAAGUUUGUCCAUGAUUAUGGUAAUUUUAAUCAUGACCUCUACUAUCCCAUUGGGUAAGAUACGAUGACAUUACUUUGGCUUUUUAAAUACAUAAUAUUAUAUAUUUUAUGUUUUUCAAAUAAUAAUGUGCUCCUUAGCUUUGAAAAUUUGCUUUGUGAGGGGCACAUAAUUAUUAGAACAGUCUGAAUCUUGAAGUUUCAAACUUUUGUACUAAUGGUACCAUUUAGUAAGAGAAACGGCCCUAAUUCUCCUCCAAACCACCCCAGACGAUGUGGAUGUAAAGACGAUAGAACAAAAACUAAUGGGAUUGCCUGGUAUCCUGGCAGUUCACGAAUUCCAUGUUUGGAGGUUGGUGGCAGUUCGUAUCAUCGCGACAGUUCACAUUCAUUUCGCGACAUUCGAAGAUUACUUGAGUAAUGCGGAACAGAUCAAAGAGAUCUUCCACGAUCAUCAAGUACAUUCGGUUACUGUGCAGCCCGAAUUUACUGUGGUAAGUAAUUUUUAUUUUUUUUAGGGGAGAGGAGGGGGGGGGGGGAAAGGGUGGAAAGAAAGUUAUUUCUGUUUGUAACAAUUAAAAAAUUUUGAAUAUAAAGCUUAUAUUAGGUGGUUCAAAUAAUUCUGUGCUUUCUGACUUUGAAAACUUUCUUUGAGAGGGGGCUUAGAAUUUAUUGAACAAGUAACUAAAAAUUUGAAAUUAAAAAAAAUUUUUAUUUUAAAAAAACGAAAAAAAAUUCAGAUGCGCAAAGAAAACUUUGAUUGCGCGUUGAAAUGUCAGCCGGAAGACUGUCAACAAGCGACAUGUUGUCAAACCGACACAUCAAAGUCGCCAUCGCCCAAGGAGUCGGCCCGAUCCACGGCGCGAUAA